GUGCCAGUCCCAGCCAUGGCGGCCAUGAGCCGGGUGCUGCGGGCGGCCGCGGCCUGGGCGGCGCGGCGGGCGGGCAGCGCCGGGACCGCCGGGAUCACCGGGACCACCGGGGUCACUGGGAUCACCGGUAUCGGCCCCCGCCUCCCCGGCACCCUCGUUCCUGUACGGCACAGUGGUGACCAUGGGAAGAGAAUGUUUAUCAUCAAGGCAACAAGUUUUUAUGAUUCUCGAUUUCUGAGCUUGUUGAGAUACUAUUUAUUCCUGACAGGAAUACCAGUGGCUGUGCUCUUAACAUACAUCAACAUCUUCAUCGGUGAAGCUGAACUUGCAGAGAUUCCUGAAGGUUAUGUUCCAGAGCACUGGGAAUACUACAAACACCCCAUAACCCGCUGGAUAGCUCGUUAUGUACUUGACCCCCCUGAGAAGAACUAUGAGAAGGACAUGGCCCUGCUUGAUGUGGAAGUGAGGAAAUCUGAGCUGAGGCUGCUGGAGUUGGAGGCACGCAGACUGAUGAGACACCGGGGAGAUGGGCCUUGGUACCAUUACGAAACACCUGACAAAAAUCUUGUUGACAAUUCUAUGAAAGCCACACCUGACAAUUAAACAAUUUUAGGGCAGUGUGCAAGGUCUUCAGUGCAUACUGACAAAUUGUGACUGUGCUGUGGAACAGACAUCCUGCUGUUUGCUGAUGGAAAUGAAUAAAUGAUGUUUGUGUUGAUUCCAGUA